GACAAAGAGAGAGAGAGAGAAAAAGAAAAUGAGCCAUGUUUUUCGUAACCUAAUAUUUUAUUUUGAAAGUUCCUCAAGGAAGUCCAAAUUUUGCUUUUAUUUUGAAACGCGACGCCAAUUAUCCGCUCUCCGCUUGGUUGUUUAUGUCUCGCAGACGUGUACUGAACCAGGGUGCGAAGUUAACACCCCCGAGUCCCGCCGCUUCUCGACGCCCGAGGUGAGACGCGCAUCCGCGGACACGCGACUCAACCUUACCCCGAGAUUAAAAAUGUCAACCAGCGUGCAGUGUUUCUACUGUCGCGAGGACCUCGGCGGCAAGAGGUUCGUACGCAAAGAGGGCCGUCCGGUAUGCGUGCGCUGCCACACAAAGUUCUGCGCUAACAGUUGCGCCGAGUGCCACCGACCCAUCUCUGUGGAAUCCAAGGAACUGAGCCACAAAGGCCGAUAUUGGCACGAGGACUGCUUCCGAUGCGCCAAAUGCUACAAGCCGCUGGCUAAGGAGCCAUUCACGACCAAGGAUGAGCGCAUCCUGUGUGGCAAGUGCUGCUCCAGAGAAGAAGCUCCACGCUGCCACAUCUGCUAUAAACCCAUACUCGCCGGCACGGAGAGCGUGGAGUACAAAGGCAACUCGUUCCACGACGAGUGUUUCACCUGCUCCCAUUGCAAGCGACCGAUGGCAUCGCAGAGCUUCAUCGCCAAAGGAAAUGACGUCUACUGCAGCCCUUGCUAUGACAUCAAGUUCGCAAAGAUCUGCGUCUCCUGCAAGAAGCCAAUCAUGUCCGGAGGAGUGAACUACCAGCAGCAGCCUUGGCACGGUCACUGUUUCGUGUGCAGCUCUUGCUCCAAGCCUCUAGCCGGGUCCAGCUUCACCAGCCACCAAGACCAGGCCUUCUGCGUUGACUGCUACAAGAAGACUGUGGCUAAGAAAUGCGGUGGAUGCCAAAUGCCUAUCACAGGUUUUGGCAAAGGGGUGAACGUUGUGACCUACGAAGGAGGCUCCUGGCACGAAUACUGCUUUAAUUGUAAGCAGUGCUCCCUCAGUUUGGCGAACAAGCCGUUUGUGGCCAAGGGCCGAGACAUCCUGUGCGCCGACUGCGGUGAUAAGUAAUUAGCGAAAACGCCCUGGAAAUGAGUUAAAGACGUACUGUAUUAAAGACGUCUUUAAUUCUUUGGCUGCCCCGUUAACCACUUUUUAGAGAUCGUGAACAAACAACAUUUUGGUGCAGUCAGUUGUCACCUACAGUGCAAAAAAAAGGUUAAGACAAAUAUUGUUUUCAGCGCAAAUACUGCAAGCUAGCUGUGAAAGAAUAUACUGUGUUUCUUCAUAUAAAAGCCACAGCAGCAAGUUUUUUUAUAAUGACAUUGAAAUAUUUUCAUGAAAAUCAUACUUUUUUUUUUUUUAAAGAAAACUGCCACUUAAGUAAAAUAGUUGCAUAUUUUCAAUUUUUUCUCUCCAAUUUAAUGUCAUAAUAGUUUUUUUUUUUUUUUUUACUUAUGAUAAAGCGUAUUUAUAUUUGUAUAUAUUUUUAUAACUAAAAUGUGUGUUACCAGCCCCAAAACAAAUUUAGCAAUUUUCUAAUUUAGUAUUGUAAUAUAUAUAUUUUUUUAAAUCACAUUUUUUGAAUGAACCAUUUUCUCAAAAAUAGGCAACAUUAUUUAAGUUGGAUAUUUUCAAUAUCAAUGUAAAAAUUACGUCAAGAAAAUGUGUAUAUUUUCAAGAUCCCAAAGUAUUCUAACCCCUUUUCCACGACAACAUAAUAUUCCAAGAAAAACAAACACAAAUUUCUAUAGUACUUUUCACCUUAUUUUUAAAGUAAUAUUUUUCUCAAUAUAUACAGUUUUAUUUUCAAUGGAAAAUAAAUCUUUUUAUUCUCAAAUAAAAUGUUGGAUUUUUCUUUUGGAUUUGGAAGAUAUGUAUGUGAAUUUCUUAGGUGAUUGUGCAUCAAAUAACAAGAACCUGUUGUACACAAACAACAAAAAUGAUGUGAUCCAAGUCCACUUAUAUUCAUCUUAAUGGUGCGUACUUAUUCCUAGCUGUCGCUUCCGUUCCAUGAGUGUUAUUGUGAGGCCAAAGGUGAGCUGCUAUUGCUUUUUUCUCUUAGUGUUUAUACUGCUUCUGGUUCUCAUGUAUUUGGAAUAUCAACUGUUACAAUUGUCAUCCUGAAAAAUAAACGCUUGUUAUACAUUCUUAA